AAACCCCAACAGCAGCGGCCGCGCGGCCGUGAGGAGGGAGCGGGGUUCGUCCGUUCGUUCGUGGGGGUCUGUCCGGUGAGCGGCGUCUCUUGUGUGGCUGGGGGAGCUGCGUGGGACGCCAUGGAGCAAGCGCUUGCUUCCCCGGGGCUGUUCUCUGAUGAUGAUGGUGCCGCGGCCUCCCCCGUUCUGGAAUCCACAGCGACGGGGUUUGGCGCUGAUGUGCGCAAGGAUCUCCUGUCGGAGUUCUCCGCCAUCUCCCCCAAUCUCGAGGGCUCCCAGCAGGCUGUUGCUGAAGAUGUUAAUGGAAAACUGAAGGUGUAUCUGAGAGUUCGACCCCUGAAACCUACUGAGCUGGAAAGAGGAGAAGACCAGGGUUGUGUCUGCAUUGAGAAUUCAGAGACCCUUCUUCUAAAAGCCCCCAAAGACUCCUUCACCAUGCGGAGCACAGAACGUGGGGUGGGACAAGCAGCACAUAGGUUCUCUUUCACCCAGAUCUUUGGACCAGAUGUGGGGCAGAAAUCGUUUUUUGAUGAAACAAUGAAACAGGUGGUAAAGGAUGUACUGAAUGGGCAGAACUGGCUGGUUUACACUUAUGGCAACACCAAUUCAGGGAAGACUCACACCAUUCAGGGCAGCAUCAAAGAUGGUGGGAUUCUGCCUCGUUCUUUAGCAGUUAUCUUCAAUAGUGUGGGGCACUGUCUGUACCAAGCCAUGGACCUGAAGCCUUCACUCUGCAAUGAGGUGAUCUGGCUGGACAGCAGACAGGUUCGGCAGGAAGAGACCAAGAAACAGAGCAUGCUACGAGGGGGUCUGUGGGAGGAGGAGCUGUUAACGCCACUGAAAAGGAACAAUAGUGCUGAAUCUCAGCUUCAGGCCACCGUCAGUGGCAGCUUUGACAGUGGAGUUGCUGGCCUCUCUUCAUCCAGCCAAUUUAACAGCCAUUCAGACAUCAGCCAGACAGAAGAACUGGGGCCUCGUUGGGCUGACUUGGAUCGUAUUUCACUCAGCACCACAGGAGAUGUGCAGUUCUCCAUCUGGGUCUCCUUCUUUGAGAUUUACAAUGAGUUAAUCUAUGACCUGUUAGAACCAGCCCUCCCUGGCCAGAACCGCAAGAGGCAGACACUGCGGCUCUGUGAAGACCAGACUGGCAACCCCUAUGUGAAAGAUCUUAACUGGAUCAAUGUCCGUGAUGCUGAUGAGGCCUGGAAGCUCCUGAAGCUGGGUCGGAAAAACCAGAGUUUUGCUAGCACCCACAUGAACCAGAACUCCAGUCGCAGUCACAGUAUCUUCUCCAUUCGGAUUCUGCAUUUGCAAGGAGGUGGCAGUGAAAUUGUUCCCAAAAUCAGCGAGCUAUCCUUGUGUGAUCUUGCGGGAUCAGAGCGCUGCAAAGACCAGAAAAGUGGGGACCGAAUGAAAGAAGCAAACAACAUCAAUACUUCCCUUCAUACACUGGGUCGCUGCAUCACUGCCCUCCGUCAGAAGCAGCAGUCCAAACUGAAGCAGAUUGUGGUUCCCUUCCGGGACAGCAAGCUAACCCGUGUGUUCCAGGGUUUCUUCACUGGACGUGGGCGCUCUUGUAUGAUUGUCAACAUUAAUCAGUGUGCAUCUACAUACGAUGAAACUCUGUAUGUAGCCAAGUUCUCAGCCAUUGCCAGCCAGCUUGUUCAGGCCCCUCCCACAAAGCUGGGACUUCCAUCCAUCCAAUCAAUUAUCAAAGAGCACAGCAGGAGAACCAGCCAGGGUCCAGAUGCUACAGAGAAGGAAGAAGAGAAAACAGAAGACAGUGAAGAUGAAGCAGACGUCUCUGUUUAUGAGAGAGAGGACUUGUUGCGUGUAGUGGAAGCUGCGCGAGAACUGCUGGUGCAAGAGAGGCAGGACAAGCUACAACUGGAAAUACGUCUCCGUACAGAGAUCUGCAAUGAGAUGCUGGAGCGCAUGCAACAGAAGGAGCAAUGGUGGAGCCAACACAUUGAUGCCCAGAAGGAACUGCUGGAGGAACUAUAUGAGGAUAAACUGAAUAACCUGAAGGAGUCACUGACUGACUAUUACCAGGAAGAGAUCCAGGAGCGUGAUGAGAAGAUUGAAGAGCUCCAAGCUGCUCUGCAAGAGGCAAAACAAAAACUGGAGAACUUGGAUGCCAAGCAAAGGAACUCGGAGCAAGGCUUGCGUCGAUCAAAGCGAGUGGCUGCCUCGUGCGCUCUGCAACAGGAGCUGACAGAUACUCAGGCCAAACUGGAGCAAUGUCAAAUGGAGUUGAAUACAGCAACAUCAGAGUUGCGCAAGUACCAGAGAUUACUGGAGCCACCUCCCUCUGCCAAACCUAUUACUGUGGAUGUAGACAAGAAACUGGAGGAUGGACAGAAGAACGUGAGAUUGCUGCGCUCAGAAUUACAAAAACUUGGGGAGUCUCUUCAGUCUGCAGAGAGGGCAUGCUGCCACAGUACAGGUGCAGGGAAACUUCGAGAAGCGCUUUGUACAUGUGAUGACAUCCUGGCUAGACAGGACCAAACACUGGCAGAACUGCAGAACAACAUGAUGCUGGUAAAACUGGAUCUGCGGAAGAAAGCAGCUUGCAUUGCUGAACAGUACCACACUGUACAGAAGCUCCAGGCUCCUCCAAUGUCUACCUUAAAGAAGAGGUUCUGUGCCAACAGGGAAAACCUACAACCUAACCAACCUCCUGGCAAAAAGCCCUUCCUGCACAACCUUCUGACGCGUUCGGCUCCCCGUCCUGCUGCUACCAGAGGGUGGCAACUUCGAUCAGUUGCUCUGUGACUUUUGGGAAAGGCAUCCCUGCCCCACUGUUACUGGA